GACAACUUCUACCCAGAGAAACUACAUGGAGAAGCGAGUCAGGCCACUUUCCGAUUCCCACAGACGCAGCUUCUUCGACGACGACGACGACGAUGAAGACGUCGCUGAACUCGGCGGUUACUACGGAGGUAGCCGCUUCGAGUUCCGUCCAAUUCCACUCCCGCAGUCGCCAGAUAACGCCCUCUCCCGUCCUCGUUUCAGAGUAAUUCUCCCUCGUUGCCGUCUCUCUUUACUACUCCUCUGGCAAUUCAGCAAUUUGAGAUGGUUUCAUGCUUGCUUGCUUUUUGUUGCCGGACUGCUCAGGGUUGGGAUUCUGCUGAACGCUUUGACGAUUUUGAUCUGAUUGCCGAGAUGAACCGAAGGAUGGAUGAGCACGCAGCCGCUUUGCUGCGAUCAGUAGAGAGUCUCAGCAGGCAUGUAUCUCGGAUGGAAAUCAGAACGCGGCAACUGGAAGGUGCCUUCGAUGAUUUGAGGGAUUCCAUGGAGUUUUAUCAGGGGAAGACCGGUGGACAGCUACAGAAGCUUCAGAGUAUUCUGACGGAGGUUCAGGAUGGUGUCAAAGACUUGAGAGAUAAGCAAGACAUUGCAGUGGCACAGCUGCAUCUUGCCGAAAUUCACAAAUCGAAGGAUGUCUCUCAGUCUACAAAGAGAACCAACACCGUCCAAUCAUGCUCAGGCGAUCAACUCUCCUCAUCGAUGGCUCAGCAAUUCCACCAACCACCUUCUAAUAGCUUCACAAACACUAGACACCAGGGUUCAACUGAACUUCCAACAGCUGCAAGUCAGCCUCCUCUUUUACCUCCGGGAAACUUCCAUACACCUGCCUCAACAUCCCCACAUUAUACAGUCCAACCACCCUACAAUGCCUCUAUCCGACAGCAUGAAUACUUCCCACCGCUGCCCGAUUUGCCUUCAGAAACUUCAAAUCAGCUAGUCCGUUUUCCUCAAACCGAGCAACUACAGCCAUCAUUCUACGCCCAGCAGCCUCACCAAGAGCCACCACUCACCAUGGCCAAUCCUCAAUCCAAUUAUCCAUCCAGCCCGCAUCCUGGACUAGCUCCUUUGUCGCCCUCGCAUGGAAGGUCAUUCCAUCGCCAACAGUCAAAUAGAGGCUCGGGUAGUGAGCUCUCUCCCGCAUAUCGUCUCGGUGCCUCUCCAUUGCCUAGUGGUAGACCAACUAUGAAGUCUUGGCAACCCGUACAAUCAUCUUCAAUGGCAGCGCGUGAGAGCGACUUCUCAGGUUUACCAACUGCUCAGCUAUUGCCACGUGCAAUCCCGACUGCAUCCGCCAUCGAACCUUCGUCGGGGUCCUCUAGUGGGAACGUUAGCAGGGUACCUGUGGAUGACGUUGUCGACAAAGUGGUGGCGAUGGGGUUUCGGAGGGACUUGGUGAGAGCAACAGUGAAAAAGCUGACGGAGAAUGGCAAGGCAGUGGAUCUGAAUGUGGUGCUGGACAAGCUGAUGACCAGUGGAUAAAAAUGGUGGGGAGUGGGUCAAUAGCAGCACGAACGCCAUUGUUCAUGCGGUCCAGGUGAUGACAUUUGCGUACAGUUCGAUAUUUGGUUUGCGUACAGUUCAAUAUUUGGUUUGGGAAUAUUUUAGUGGUUGUGUGACAGGAGAAAUCGUUUGGUAAUAUCAUUUUGAACCCACAAUUGUUUGCUUCUUGUUGUGGGGUUGGGUUGAUCUGUAAAUCUUGUAAAGGUUAAACUUCUGGGAGUAAUCUUUCUGAGCAGAUUUGGUCAGCUUUGUGUGAGAGUGAGAUCAUGUUCAUGGGUUGGAUGUGUAGUUAGAUUUCGUGAGUUGAUUGAAGGGCAGUAUUCCACUCUUCUGAAACCCAAAAAAAAUUCAUUUGCUUAUUUUUAUGAACAUAUGUGUCUCUGUUUCUGAUGUUUAUUUUGUUACGGUUAGGC